AUGCCAGGUCCUCGUGGACCUCCUGGGCCAGAUGGACCUCCCGGUUUUACAGGAAUAACUGGACAAACAGGGUUUGCGGGAUACGACGGACUUUCCGGGUCUACAGGAGCAACAGGUCCAAUGGGUUAUACUGGAAAUCCAGGUGCUCAAGGUCCUACAGGGGUUUCUGGAUUACCAGGGAGUACAGGUUUUUUCGGUGCAACAGGUGCUACGGGUGAUUUUGGUGCUACAGGAAUACUUGGUACCACAGGGAUAGAUGGACAACCAGGGCAACAGGGAGCUCAAGGUCCACAAGGGGACACAGGUCAGCCUGGUUUCACUGGUUCUACUGGAUUGACUGGAAUACCAGGAUUGUCUGGAAAUCCAGGUUCAACAGGUAAUCCAGGUAUGCCAGGUUUUCCAGGAGCCACAGGACCAACUGGAUUUCCAGGUAAUGGAGGAAUUUUGGGC